GAGAGAAAAGGGAAGAAGGAGAAACAGAAGAAGAAGAAGGGCGCACCGAGAAGAAGAAGGAGCAGAAUUUAGAGGGGGAGCAGCGAAACGACCAUGGCAGUAUCCAGAGCGCCUCAGCUUGAGAUAGUGUCCGAUCCCAGCGCACUUCCAGCCCCGCUGAUCACGGCACGGAGCCUGCAGGCGCACAAUAGACAGAGUCCGGAUGAAUGAGGAGCCGUACCUGGGCCGCGGACAAAAUGAGGGUCAUCUUCAUCCAAAACGCCGGUUUCGUCGCAGCUUUCUCGCCUUUUUCGUGAUGUUGGCAGCGUUUUCGGCACGACAGAUAAUGUGAAUUAACCACAGCUAAGAGCAUGUCAAGUCCAUUGAGGAGUGAGGAGAUCAGACCGAUUUAGUUUUUUUUUUUUUUUUUUUUUUUUUUUUGAAAUGGGAUGGAUCUUAUAUUAUAGCCAAUAGCAUCUUUGAAUGGAAAGUGUGUUCAGCUUCUGGCAUGCAGCCUGCUGUCGAAAUCUGAACAUAGGCGAUUAUAUAUAUAUUUUAAUAACCAUAUUGGCACUAGAAUUAAUUUUAAUCCAGUGAUAGGAUAGAGGAGUCCAGUUAUUAUGGUGGAUUUUGUAGAUCUUCGUUAGUAAUGCGUUGGUAGAUUGAUAAUAUAGCGAUAAUAACAUGAUCAAAGCCAAUUGAUCAACCGAGACAAUCUGGAAAUGUUAUUUUUUCCACGUGUGAUGACAUGACUAGCGUUAUUCCUUGUAAUUUAUUUAUUUAUUAUCACUAUUAUUAGGCCUAUAAGUAUUAUAUUAUCAAUUUUCUUAAGUAGGUAGUUUGAAUAUAUAUAUUUAACAGUGGGAAGCUUGUUCGGACGCUUCCCUAGUGAGAUGGAAACCGCUUAUUUAUCGCCCCACCGGGGGGUCACCCGUCCCGACGCCCAGAAAGGCCAGAGCGCGGCGGGCAAAGCGGCGGUGGGCGACCUCUCCCCCGCACCUCCGGCUCCGGCUCCACCUCUACCUGCCGGCUGCUGCUCACCCGAGGAGACCCCGGCAAGCAGCGAUGGACGGAGGAACUCGGGCGUGAAGAAACACCACCACAAGCACAACCUGAAACACCGCUACGAGCUGCUGGAGACGCUGGGGAGAGGCACCUAUGGCAAAGUCAAGAAGGCCAUUGAGAGGCACUCCGGCAGAGAGGUGGCUAUCAAGUCAAUUCGGAAGGAGAAGAUCAAGGAUGAGCAGGACAUGGUACACAUCCGCCGAGAGAUCGAGAUCAUGUCAUCCCUCCGCCACCCACACAUCAUCUCUAUAUAUGAAGUGUUUGAGAACAAGGACAAGAUCGUGAUCGUGAUGGAGUACGCCAGCAAGGGCGAGCUGUAUGACUACAUCAGCGAGCGUCGGCGCCUGAGUGAGCGAGAGACACGACACUUCUUCAGACAGAUAGUCUCUGCUGUGCACCACUGCCAUAAGAAUGGAGUGGUGCACAGGGAUCUGAAACUGGAAAAUGUGCUACUGGAUGAAAACUGUAAUAUUAAGAUUGCUGACUUCGGGCUGUCCAACCUCUACCAUAAGGACAAGCUCCUGCAAACCUUCUGUGGCAGCCCGCUCUAUGCUUCACCAGAGAUCGUCAAUGGGAGACCGUACCGUGGCCCAGAGGUGGACAGCUGGGCUCUUGGGGUGCUGCUGUAUACGCUGGUCUAUGGAACUAUGCCAUUUGAUGGGGGAGACCAUAAGAACCUCAUUCGCCAGAUUAGCAAUGGCGAGUACAAAGAGCCAACUCAGUCCUCAGAUGCCCGUGGACUGAUUCGCUGGAUGCUGAUGGUGAACCCUGAGCGCCGGGCUACAGUCGAGGACAUAGCCAACCACUGGUGGGUAAACUGGGGCUGGAAGAACAGUGUGUGUGACUGCGAGACCCAGCGUGAGCAUGGAGGCUCGCCCAUGCUGGCCCGUUUCAUCGACUGGCAGAACCGCACUGAGCCACGUGGUUCUGGAGCCAAAGCUGCAGCCAUGCCCCAGCUGCUGCGCCAGAGGCCCAAGAAGUCUAAGAAGGAGAACGUUGAAUCAGGACAGACCCACUGCGGAGCCGAGGAUAAGCCAGGUCUGAAAAGACCGAAGGGCAUCCUGAAAACCAGGGUUACUGAGGAGCAGCAGUCCGCCAAUCUGGAAGAGGUGGAGUUGGGUCAGGCAGCGCUGCCUCAGCAAGCUGAAGGGGGAGAGGAGAGCUCAAGUCCAGAUCGAGAGGAAGAGGAGCCAACUCUGGGAGGAGGCUCGCCAGCCAAGAUGGUGCCCUCUCUGCCCAAGAAAGGCAUCUUGAAGAACAACCAACAGCGGGAAUCAGGGUACUACUCUUCCCCAGAGCGCAGUGAGUCCUCCGAGCUUUUAGGAGGGGCCAGUAUGUCUCUGCUCGCCAGCUCCCCCCCCAAGAGAGUGAUGGGGAGAAAGGGCAUCUUGAAGCGAAAUGGCAAGUAUUCCACCUACAGCGGGCCUCCCUCAGCAGCAGCGGUGGCCGGCGUCCUCGGCGAGCCUCCUCCCUCAACCGACUCUGGUCUGUCCCGCAGUCAGAGUCGGCCCUCCAGUAUAGUGGGGGAGGACAGCUCCGUCCUGUCCCUGUCGCCCAGCUCCCUCAGCGGGGCUGAGUGGCACCCCUCCACCACCCACCUCCGCCCAAACAUCCGGGCUUGUGUCUCGGCCGAAAACCUGCUGCAGCUCGCCAACUUCAAGGGCUUCCAGGCAGCCCAGCCACUCCAGGGACCCAAGUUCAGCCGUGGCCCCAAAAUGAAAGGCUCCCCAGGGGACAAUGGCAGCUUCUCUUUGCUGGGGGACCUGGAGGACAUGACUCAGGUGUACCAGCAAGCCCUGGACAUCAGCAGCAACCUCACCUAACAGACGGGUGGCCGAGAGAGAAGAAGCAGAGGGAUUUAAACAUGACUGCGUGUGUGAAUGUGUGUGUACCGAUGCGCGUGUGUAGCAUUAACGACCGGUGCGUUACCGGGAUACACCUUUGGGUGGUUGUGGCUUUUUCAAAAGGGGCUGAAAUCUUGAUGGAAACGAUAUGUCUACGCUCGCACACAUGCACACACAGAUGUACACACUUAGGUGCACUUCUCUGGCGGAAAGAGAAAAUUCUGUUAAGGUUGUGUGAAUGGGAGAGAGUCGGAGCUGGCACGAGAGAAUGCCACCCAGUCUGCUUUCUUGGCCCGCCCAUAGACUUUGCUGUGUUCAACAUGUUUACAUAUUCAGCAAGAAGGCAAGUUAGAAUCACAAACGCAGCAACCAGAAACUGGUUGGCUCUCUUUGUACACCACCCAUUUUGAAUAUGAGUUUACAAAAGCACCUUAAAACUCACACAGAGCACAUGCUUUUGUGAUCUUUACUUCCUUUGGAAAGAAAAAAAAAACAAACAAACCAGGGUCUUGUUCCAAAAAUAACUAACAUUGCUGAUUAUUUAUUAAUAUUUUGUAGCUUUUAGUUUUAAGUGCAAAACUGGUGGGUGCUGGCUAUUACUGGAAGAGUCCAAAGCUCCUUGUCUCCAACUCUUUGUGUGGAACUGACAUAUAUAAUUAUGUUACUCUGUGAUGAGAAACAUAUAUAUACUCAACAUAUAUAACUGUGUCUGCGCAUGUAAAACACGCAGGCAAGUAUACCUUCAUAAAAGCGUAUGUCCUAUAUAUGUGUAUGAUACUAUGGAAUAUGUAGGAAGUGCCUUUUUUGAUUCAUAAUGAAAAAUUAUGUAUGUCAUUUCCUUAAAGUGGAGGGAAAAGCCAGGCCAACCUGUCACCAGUUGUGCUUAUUUUCAUGUUGUUUGUGAAUGUGGAGAGACCCAGGGCCUUCAGAGCACAGCUGACUAACUUUACUUGUGUUGGGGUUCAACGGUCAAUCUGAGGCAGUUCAGAUCAAACAGUCUCAUCUCCUCCCCCUCCCUGUUCCUCACAUAAAUACAAUCACACACACAGAUAUACCGGCAUCUGCAGGCCAACUCAGAAAAAAAAGACACUCGUCUGUGUUCUUUGUCAGUGUUUAAGCCCAUAGUUUGGUUUGUCAGCAGUUUAGGUGGCUUGGCUGAACACAGUUUUGCUGGCAGCACAAGAGGUCUGGAGGGGCUCACCUAGUGGGACAUCUAGUGAGGGGAGAUGGCGCAGACACCAUCUCACAGUCCUGGAAUGUGCCUGGCACUCUUAACCUUGGUUGUUUCACAUUUUCGAGGCUACCUGAUAAAACAGGCUGUUUAGUGAGAGAUGCAGGGGGUUGUGUUUUUUUUUUUUUUACCAAAGACAUGUUAGGUGUUUUCCAUAGUCUGACUAGUUAAUAUUUUACCCGGAGCUCUUCAAAAGAGCCAAGUAAGGUGGUUUGUUUUAGCUCGCCGAUGACACAGCGAAUUCCUCAGAUGGCGGCUGGAGACGUGUUGGUGCUCGAGAUCUCUAUCAGCCGCAGACCGACUCAGCACAGGUGGGAUCUGCGGUCGGUGCUGAGCCCUCCAGCUGUGUAUACUAGUUCAUUAUGUCAACCAAGCACAAUUAGCCAGCUAUUGUUUUCAUUUGAGCUUAAGAGGGAGGCAGCGCAUAGUGAUUUAUAGCUAGAGGGGGGAAAAGAAAAGUGUGUGAAAGAGAGCGAUGCGUGGAGCGGUGCUGAGAUUACGGAGGACUUUUCCUGUACAAAACACAGCAAAGGUCAAGGUGUUUGAUUUGUUUUUUGAAGGAUUUGUAAUGUAGACUAGUGAAAGUAAAGAAAGUGAGUAGAAAGAGUAGAUGGAAAGUUUUUGUGUUAUACCAAAGAUGGGAUGAGGCUUUGACUUGAUUCAUGGGAACGAAUACAUCAGGGACUAAUGAGAGUCGUUAGGAUUUUUCUUUAACUUGGGAAUCCCCAUCGGUGAAUGAAAUCAUCCCCAUGUUGGCUUUACCUCACAUUUGUUUUAUUUUUCUUCUGUUAUUUUUCUUUUAUUUGACAUGCUGGAGGGUGUUGAUACAGCUUGUCUUGAGGGUCAAUGUGCGACUUGUGUCUUCUGUAUGGCCUUAGAAAGUGUGUUAGGCUUUUCGACAGCAGCGAAAACUUGGAGAACAAUGACUGACAUCAUCCAGAAUAUCAAAUGAUGUGGAUGGAAAAGCAUGCAGUAGAUGACCCCAAGGAGAAAGAUCACAUGUUGAAUGUUUUCAGUGGUCUGCUCGUGUGAAGGAAAGGUCCUGGGUACUGACUCAAAUGAAAGACCCACUGCGUAUUAUAUUGCAUUUUAUUGCCUUUUGUAUUGCAUUUUAUUGUCAACUGGAUUUACAGUGAGAAAAUUAUACUAUGUUAGUAUUUUGUUUUAUUAUGCUUCUGUUUUUGAUUUUCCAAAAUAUAAGAAACUUUAUAUUGCUUUAUGUUAUGGCAGAAAAAAUACUUCCUUCCUUGAAGUAUUAGAAUUUCUCUCCAAAAACUGACAAAUCUGAUAGAAAUUGGUGUAAUCUCAUUUCCCAUUGUGGGUCAGACAGCCUCCAAAUGGCAAAAAAAAAAGAAAACUCUUGAAAAUUAAAGUCUUAUUUGGCUAUAUGCAAAGAUUUGUACUCAUAGCUCAACAUCUGACAACAAAGCAAUUGUAUUUCCACCUCUACCAAAAAGAGAAAAAGAACUAAAGCAAUAAAAAGAAUCUGGUGAUGAAACUUAAACUCUGCCAAACUGGAAAUAACUGGUGCAUAUCUGUUAGUUAGCAGAAAGUCUAAUCAUAGGAAAACUUGACUGGAUAUUGUUAUGACAAUAAUAAUAAAUUAGUAUUAUUAUGUUAUUUAAGUAUUAUUUUCGUUACAGCUCAUUACUAUUGCUGGCUAUUGCCACAAUUUUGGUUUUAAUGUUUUUGUCUGUGGGUGAUCCUGGACUGCCAAGGUUUGUUAAGUUGCGUGCCUUCGGUAUCUUUCAUGAACUUUUUUUUUUUUUUUUUGAUAAUGAAAAUUAUUAUCAAUGUGUUUUUUAUACUUGUAUUUAUUGAUCAAGCCAUUUAAAAUUGUUGUCAAAGUACUCCGCGCUCAUGCUUCGACUGCUUCAGACCGUGUGUUCAAUUCGUACCACACACACAAAAAAUAUGGUGGCCUGUUUAAAAUAGAGUGGUAUCAUCUCAUUGCGAAGGCAGCGGUCGAGCGUGUGUCCGUAGGAGUAACAAUCAAUAAAAGUUCCUGAAAUCCUGUAAAAUGUCUUAAUUCGUCAUUCGAGUCAACACAAUGCCCCUGUAGUACUGUAUCAACUCAAAUAAAUGGAUCUUGAAAGUUA